AUGGAGCGCUCCCCGCCAACACACCAGCCUGAAGAAGCGCCAAUGCCGAGCACUGGAAUGGAACCGCCGGCGAAGAAAGCCCGCUUCUCCAGGUCCAUCAAAAACCUCCUCGACGCCCAUGGCAGCACAAGAACGAGCAAUGGCGCCGCGCCGGAGCCGAGCAGACGAGACGUUGCUGUUGGCACUGACGGCUCGGAGGAGUUCUCGGAGGAGGAGCUGGCGAAGCUGCGCAGAGAAUUCGAGUGGUACGACAAAGACGGCGAUGGCCAGAUCACCGCCGAGGACCUGGGCGCCAUGAUGAGCGCACUGGGCUUCAACCUGACCCAGGAGGAGCUCGAGAUGGAGAUCGCAGAGGUAGACAGGAAUGGCGACGGAACGAUAAAUUUCUCCGAAUUCGUCGCCAUGAAUGCAGGUGACAUUACGCCCCCCGACAUUACGCCGCACGACAGUACGCGCACGGCAGAAGAUAUCCGCGUGAUGUUCCAGCUGAUUGACCGGCACGGCAACGGCUUCCUCACCUUGGAUGAGCUGCGCCGAUUCUUCGCCGCGUUCGACGAAGAAGGUCUGACGGACGAGGAGAUCGAAGAGUUUAUACGUGAGGCCGACACGGACGGCGACGGCAAAAUAAGCUACGACGAGUUUGUGGCUCUGAUAACGUCGAUGUAUUCAUGGAAAUAA